AUGGAUAUUGCAAAAAGACAGACAGUUAAUUCCUGUUCUCUUUCUUUUCCACCUGAGAAACAUAUGGAUGUCCUGGCCAAACCUUCAACAGAAUUUCCAGGCACCUUAUACCGGACUGAAGUGUUACUGGACAUCCCGUCUGACAAAUUACUCCCUUUUAUUUACCUGCCUGAGUAUCGCAGCAAGUGGGACAAAACAUUACAGUCAUACAAACUCAUAGAAGCAAUUGACCAGGACACUUUCAUUUAUCAGAGUAUUACCCACAGUUAUGGCUUUGGACUGAUUUCACCAAGAGAUUUUGUCUACGUGCUGCAUUUAAAAAACUAUAAUGGAAAUUUAAUGACAACGAACUCUGUCAGUGUGAAUCAUCCAGAUGUCCCUCCAACUCAAGCUUAUGUUCGGGGUACUACUUUCUCUUCUGGCUAUGCCUGUAUUCCACUACCAGAGAAUCCAGAGCAAAGCAAAUUUAUGGCAAUCAUCCAGGUGGACUUGGGAGGUGUGCUAAAGCCUUCAGUGAUUGAUUCUGUUAUGCCCAUGAACCUCAUAAACUUCGUGACAGAUUGCAAAGCUGGAUUUAAGAUGCUAAAGGAAAGAGAGACGUAA